AUGACAAAGCCCUCUGUCAACAUGACCUUCGACACAUCACUAGUCGACACGCAGAACCCAAACACAUCGUUCUCGACCACAGAAUCAGACCCCUCCGAAGCAGACCCUUCAUCAACCAGCAGAGCAUCCCAGCACCUCGACAUCACUCCCACGCCACCUCCCAAGACCACAACGCCUGUGCAACACGUCCCUACGCAAGAUGCCUACGACUCCUGGGCCUCAAUCUACGACACAGACGGCAACAUGCUACAGGCAAUUGACGACAUAGAGCUUUCCGUCCUCCUUCCCGAAUUCCUAAGAUCAGUAGAGUCGUCCUUCCCAAAGGGGACUCUACAGCUGCUAGAUCUCGGCUGCGGCACUGGGCGCAACACAGCGAAGCUCUUAACCUACCCAUGGGCUCAAGAUCCAGUCAGAACCGUCGAAGUAACAGCACUGGACUUCUCUGCUGGCAUGCUCGACAUAGCGAGGGAGAAGCUGGCGCCUUUGGAGAAGUAUAACGUCAGGCUGAGGGUCAGGCAGGCGGAUUGCUUCCCUACUGUUGGGGAUAAGGAGGCGAGUCCUGUGCCUGCUGUUGAGGGGCUUGAGGCUGUGAAUGGGGUUGUGAGUACGUUGGUUCUAGAGCAUGUUCCGCUCGAGGAUUACUUUGCUACUCUUGGGAGUCUAGCGGGAAGAGGUGGGUUUGCGCUGGUGACGAAUAUGCAUAGCGAGAUGGGAAGGAUCUCGCAGGCAGGGUUCGUGAAUGCGGAGGGUGUUAAGGUCAGGGGAACGAGUUUUGCGCAUACGCCUGAGGAAACGGUGGAGGCUGCGGCAAAGGCGGGGUUUGAAAUUGUGAGUCUGAAGGAACGGAUGAUGACGAGGGAAGAUGUUGAGAGUGGAAGCGUGGGAGAGAGGGGAUUGAAGUGGGUUGGAAUACCUGUGUGGUAUGGCAUGGUGCUCAGGAGAUUGUGA